AUGGAGAAAAAUGUCAUCUUCAUCAGCAACGAGGUUACUCAAAUGCUGAAGUGUCAGGGUAGGGAUCAGCAGCUGAUAGCCUCUUCUCCAUCAUCUGAUCACCUUGUCUUCCCUACAGAAAGCUUUGAAGCCAACAUGUCAAUCCCAGAAUUGCAAGAAAUGCCCAGAUCCUAUGGUAUUCAUGAUUCUCAACAAAUGGUGUGGGUUCUGAAUGGAAAUUCAUUGAUAGCAGUUCCUUCUAGCAGCAAUGUCAACCCUGUCACCCUUGACUUAAUAGCAUGUAGAGACACAGAAUUCCAAGAUGAAGCAAAAGGCAAUCUGGUUUUCCUGGGAAUCAAGGGCAAAGGUCUCUCUCUCUUCUGCACAGAAAUUCAGGGCCAGCCUACUUUGCAGCUUAAGGAGAUCAACAUCAUGGACCUGUACAAGGAGAAAAAAGCACAGAAGCCUUUUCUCUUUUUCCAUGAUAUAGAAGGCUCCACCUCUGUCUUUCAGUCUGUUGCCUAUCCUGGCUGGUUUAUAGGCACCUCCUCUGUGGCAAGACAGCCCAUCAUUCUCACCCAGGAGAGAGGUGAAACUAACAACACUAACUUCUAUUUAUAUCCUAAAAAUUACAACCAGCCUGUGAUAUCAGCAGCAAAUUCCAGGAUAAAGAAUCAAGCUUUCACAGAAUCUUUUAUUUGA